CAACCUCCUACCUUUCUCACUCUCUUCCCCGUCGUUCUUCUGAAUUCUGAUUGCUAGUCAUGGCCGCCAUGAGAGACCUUCCGUUACAGAAAGUGGCGAUUUCGGGUCCCACAUUAGCCUCCAUGCUUCAGCGCUUCUCCUCCUCCGUCGGCGAUGUGGACGGCCUUCUCUUCGGCCACGUAACGCACCUCGCUCCCACUCUUACCGACGACGCUCCCCAUACCUCUAACUCCGACCCUUCUUCCUCCUCCGAUUCACCGGAACUCGUAGCCACCAUUACUUCCUUCAUAUGCCCUAACUCCGUGCUCUCCUUCUACGACGCUUUCGGCCUCGUGGAUACGCCUUCCCUCCAGCGCCUCCUCGUCGCUCACCCCGGCCGCCACCGGCAACACCUCCUUGGCUGGUUCUCCGCUCGCCGAAGAACGUCUAACCGUCCUUCGAUGCGGGAAUUUUCCGUGACGCGCUGCCUCUCCUCCAAAUCCGAGCUGUCCCUCCCUGUCGAGAACGCGGAGAGUCCGGUAAAUCUCGCCCCCUGUGUAUUUCUCCUGUUUGCUACCCCCGUGCAAGAGCAAUUGAUUCAUACGCAUGAGUACCGCGCCUACCAGUUCCGUAAUUCCACGGAAUGUUUCGAUUCUAAAUCGGUUGAUAUAGUGAACAUUGGCCCUGCCUUCCGCGGGCAUUAUGGUUCGUUUAGCCCUAAUUCGCCAUUUCCAAUGUUGAGCUGCGAUUUGAGGAGUUCGUCGGCGAUGAAUGAGGAUAGAAGCGAGGAGAGUAGUUUGGUUGAACUGAAGAAGGUGGCCAAUGAUCAAAAGGAGUUGGAUAUGUGUGCUGAAGGUUAUGGGGUUGCAAACUUGAACAGAUUGAUUGGUCAUGAGGCUACCAGUUAUACUGCAGGAUUGGAGGAUUUGUAUGAGAAGAUGUUGGUGAAGAUUCAGAGCUUGGCUAGAGAAGUGGAAAGUGGCAAUGCCAAGGUUCAUCAGCUGGAAAGUCACAACCGGAAGUUGAGGUACAAAGUUGGCAAGGGUGGAGUUGAAUGACAGUUGAAGUUUUGUGCUAUGGAUUGACGCCUGUGGCUUCAAGGGGUCGUGUAAGAAUUCCCUGAGAGAACAAGAUCUUGAACUACUGUUUUUGAGAAUUGUAAUCAAGUCAUUUUCUGGCAAAGCUUCUUGAGGAUUGGUGCUCUUCAUGGCCACUCAUUUUGAGGCGAAGUUGGACAAGCCAAAUGCUCGAGGGUUGUUUUGCAGAAUGGCCUACCAGCUCUCUGCCUUGUCUGUCUGAUGUAAAACCUUGUAUAAACUCCUUUUCUGUUCAGAGCUUUCUUCCUUGUGCUCUUUCAAAUCCCUGUCAGGAAAAUGGAUAGAAGAACAAACUAAAAAGAAAUGUUGAUUCUCAGUACCCUUCAUUUUGUAGUUUGUACCACUUUAAAAGUCAAAAUCUCUUCUGCAUUCAUAUUUGCUCUCAGGGCUGGC